AUGUUCAUUGUAAAUAGCGGACAAGGGGCAUCUUCCAAACCCAUAACGCAAAAGGUUGUGACACAGCCAAAGGAAGCACCGCCGCCGGCACUAUCAGACAUUAGCCAUGUGCCGCAGUCGGCCCUCUUGACGAAAGCUCAGCAGACUGUUGUCGAGCAGGAUACUCUGGCGAAGAGCAAACCAAACCUCAUCUACCGGCUGUCACAGAGACUGCAUGUGAAGGAAUUAUCGCUAAAGGGAAUAUCGGGUAAAUCAGGAAGCCAAAACUCUCUUUCUACUACAAAGAGCGUGAGAUUUAGGCCACCUGUGCCUGCGAUUGCGAUAAGUCCUCCAGGCAAUAUUGGCCAGGCUGGGCCGGUCCAUUCUCUGGAUGCUACUCCUGUGGCGGCUAGCCCUAUUAUUAGCAACACUUCAGCUCCUCUCCUUAUUGCAGACCUCUGUUCGUUCUUGGUCAACAAAGAACCAAGCUCUGGGUUUAUCCAAGACCAAUCUGAUCGGUUCCUCGAACUUUGCAAACCCUCCCAAGGCCUUCGAAUGGCCAUCUCAAACAGAGUGAGGCUACUUCCACUUCCUGAACUCCUUGACGCCUACCACCAAGCUGCCAUCGACCUAUCAAGACAACACCGGUUUGAAAUGGUCACGCAUAUUGCGUCGGCACUGCUUCAGACUCACCGAUCGCCAUGGCUUUCCGCAAAGUGGUCGAAACGCGAUUUCUACUUCUUGGCGGACAUAGAUUCGCAAUCACUUCGCAGCAGCCACCCUUUCGUCUCUCGCAAUUUUCUCUCCAGUUCGAAUGACGAAGAGGGAGACACUGCACAUGAUUCCCCUAAUGUCCCCGGAAAUCGGCAGGCCUCGGAAGAAGACACCCGCGCAUGCCUCUUUACCGUCGGCGUCAUUAUUCUCGAGUUGAUAUUCGAACACAAUAUCGAGGACUGUAGUUUCCGCAAAGACUAUCUACGGCAAAGAUAA